CCCCGCGGGGGUACGGCCGCCGCACGGCAGCGGGCAGCGGGCAGCGCCGCGGAGAGCGGGCGCCGAGAAAGUUUGGGUGCGGAUACUGUCGAGGGAGGCGUGAAGGCUGUCAAUUGGAUGUUGAUAUGUAAAGCAAAAUGGCAAAAAUCAACACCCAGCACUCCUACCCUGGCAUGCAUGGACUGUCUGUCAGAACUACUGAUGAAGAUAUUGAAAGGAUUGAGAAUGGCUUUAUCAGAACCCAUUCACUGUGUGAGGACACAUCUUCAGAACUGCAGAGGGUCAUUUCUGUGGAGGGAAGACAUCUAUCUGGAUCGCAGACGAGCCCGUUCACAGGCAGGGGAGCAAUGGCAAGGCUGUCACGAUUUGUCGUGUCUCUGAGGGCGUGGGCCACAAGACAUCUGCACCAUGAAGACCAAAGGCCUGAUUCUUUCCUAGAGCGUAUCCGAGGGCCAGAGCUUGUAGAGGUGUCCAGCAGGCAAAGUAACAUCCGCUCCUUCCUGGGCAUCCGUGAACAGCCUGGGGGAGUAAAUGGUCCAUGGCCCUUGGCCAGGUUUAAUGUCAACUUUAGCAACAACACCAAUGAAGACAAAAAGGAAGAAAAGAAAGAGGUUAAAGAGGAAAAGAAAGAGGAAAAGAAGGAGGAAAAGAAGGAGGAAAAGAAAGAGGAAAAGAAAGAUGAUAAAAAAGAUGACAAAAAAGAUGACAAAAAAAAGGAAGAGCAGAAAAAAGAGGUCUUUGUGAUUGAUCCUUCAAGCAAUAUGUACUACAACUGGCUGACCAUAAUUGCAGCACCUGUGUUCUAUAACUGGUGUAUGCUUAUAUGCAGAGCCUGCUUUGAUGAGCUACAAAUUGACCAUAUUAAAUUAUGGCUGUUCUUGGACUAUUGCUCUGAUAUCAUCUAUGUUUUUGACAUGUUUGUCAGAUUCAGGACGGGCUUCCUUGAGCAAGGCUUGCUGGUAAAGGACGAAAAGAAGCUACGAGAUCAUUAUACCCAAACUGUGCAGUUCAAGCUGGAUGUGCUGUCUCUUCUGCCAACAGACCUGGCGUAUCUGAAGCUGGGUUUGAACUACCCUGAGCUGCGAUUCAACCGCUUGCUGAGGAUCGCUCGUCUGUUUGAAUUUUUUGACCGCACAGAAACCAGGACAAAUUAUCCAAACAUGUUUCGUAUUGGAAAUCUUGUCUUGUACAUUCUUAUCAUCAUCCACUGGAAUGCGUGUAUAUACUUUGCAAUUUCAAAGGUAAUCGGGUUCGGAACUGACUCUUGGGUCUACCCCAAUGUGUCCAUCCCAGAGUAUGGGCGCCUGUCGAGAAAGUACAUUUACAGCCUCUACUGGUCAACGCUGACGCUGACAACCAUUGGGGAAACUCCUCCGCCUGUGAAAGACGAGGAGUAUCUCUUUGUGGUCAUUGACUUCCUGGUGGGCGUGUUGAUCUUCGCCACCAUCGUCGGUAACGUGGGCUCCAUGAUUUCCAACAUGAAUGCCUCCAGGGCAGAGUUCCAGGCCAAAGUCGAUUCCAUUAAACAGUACAUGCAUUUCCGAAAAGUAACAAAGGAUUUGGAAGCCAGGGUUAUUAAGUGGUUUGAUUACCUCUGGACCAACAAGAAAACAGUGGAUGAAAAGGAAGUUCUCAAAAAUCUGCCCGACAAGCUGAAGGCUGAAAUUGCCAUCAAUGUCCAUUUGGACACGCUGAAGAAAGUGCGUAUAUUCCAGGAUUGUGAAGCUGGACUGCUCAUCGAGCUGGUGCUGAAACUGAAACCUACCGUCUUCAGUCCUGGGGACUACAUCUGCAAGAAGGGAGAUAUUGGGAGGGAAAUGUACAUUAUAAAGGAGGGAAAAUUGGCAGUGGUGGCGGAUGACGGUGUAACCCAGUUUGUAGUCCUGAGUGAUGGCAGCUACUUUGGUGAAAUCAGCAUCCUCAACAUCAAAGGCAGCAAAUCUGGCAACAGGAGGACAGCCAACAUAAGGAGUAUUGGUUAUUCGGAUUUGUUCUGCUUGUCUAAAGAUGAUUUAAUGGAAGCCCUCACGGAAUAUCCAGAAGCCAAAAAGGCUCUGGAAGAGAAGGGCCGACAAAUUCUGAUGAAAGACAAUUUAAUAGAUGAGGAAGCAGCGAAAGCAGGAGCUGACCCGAAAGACUUGGAGGAAAAAAUAGACAGACUUGAAACAGCCCUGGAUACGCUGCAGACUAGGUUUGCGAGGCUCCUGGCAGAGUACAGCUCUUCUCAGCAAAAAGUUAAGCAGAGACUUGCCAGAGUAGAAACCAGAGUGAAAAAAUAUGGUAGUGGCACCUUAUCCGUUGGAGAAGCAGAGCCUGAAAAACCUGAGGAGCAGAAAAAGGACUAAUAGUGUAUUUAUAUUUCAUUACUUAAUGGAGAAGGUUGGAAUGUGUGAAAGCCAUAUAUGUAUAUAAAUACGUGUGUGCAUACAUAGCCACGAUUUUUAUAUGGACUUCAGAAUGGUUUUUAGCAUUUUUAACUGAAGCAGUAUUUUCUUGUAAAUAGGAUAAUGUCACCUUCUUCGUAGGGGAGAUUCGGUCCGGCAUUUGGUACAUUUUUGUACUGGGAGUGGAUUUCUUCUAAGUUAUGCUCAGAACAUCCGGUGCAUGUAUGGUGUGUGUAGGUCUUGACACAUUGUCUCUUCACAUGCACGUUAAGAAGGCAUUAUACUUAAAGUAGACGGAUUAUUAUGGUUUUUUUUUUUUAAAAAAAAAGGCUUUAAAAGUGUUUUUAGGGUACAUGCUCUACCUUUCUAGCCUAUUAAAUGCAUGGAUACGCACCCUGGCUUCUCAAAAUCUUUCUUCUUUCACAGGGAAGCAAUCUGCAGAAGCUGUAGGGCUAUGGCUAAGAAUGCACCUGACUUACACAGCAUAGCUCUGUGUAUGACAACCCUCACCCAGGAGGGAGUCCCCAAAAGCUCACUGACGGAAGGUGUCUGUAGCAAGAAAGCUUCACAAAACCUGGGAAGAGCAAAGAGUGUCUUGCAGCUCCUGGACAUAGGGUCUGCUCAGUGCUGAAAGGACACCGCUAGGAAGCUUUGCUGCCCAGAGAGGUGGUGGAUGCCCUGAACCUGUAGACAUCCAAGGUCAGGCUGGACAGGGCUCUGAGCACCUGACCUAGCCGUAGGUGCCCUUGCUUACUGCAGGGGAGUUAGACCAGAUGGCCUUUAAGGGUUCCUUUCAACUCAAAACGAUUCUGUAAGCUACUAGGGCUGCAGGACAGGCUGUCCUUGUCUGCCUGCCAGCCGUCUCUCCCCACAGGGUUCCUGCAAGCUGGGAACAAACCUUCUGCUGCAAAGUCUUUCCUGCCAUUAGAUCUACGUUUGCUUUAUUUCAUUAACUAGCCUGAUGUUUUCUUCCUCUUUUAUUUCAUUUAGCGAUGCCUACGUCACAUUUCUUUGCUUUUUAGUGCCAAGUUUCCUCCCAAAGUAGCUGUCACACUACCAUGUUUCCACUGGUUAGGGAAAAUGAAGGCCACACUUGCUCUGAAAUUGUCCUUGGUCCGGCAGCUAGGAGCCUGACUGCUGGCUGCCUUCCUGCCAGACAGCAGCUGGCUUCCUCCGCCCAUGGCCUUUCUCUUCUAAGCACACCACUUCUAGAUUCUUCCCAGGUUUCUGUCCCUCCCUGAGGUGAUCUCUCUUACUCUCCCUUUAGCUUUCAUUUUUUUUUUUCUGUGCCACGUUUCUUCUGUUGCAUAGCUCUCCUUGGACUUUGUCCUUGGGUACCUCAUUGAAGUCAGUGGAGUGGCAGAGGCCGCUGAAUGCACAGCUCCUGCUCUGUAACAGGGGUGGGCACCACACCACCCACAGCUGCACUUCUGCCAUCCGAUGCGCAGUAGCCUGUACCUCACACCUCCUAGUGUUUUUGUGCUUAUUGCCAUUUCUACAUCAGCCAUAAAAACCCAGCUGUCCACCCAAUGCACUGCUGUUCCAGCCUACUAGAAAUGCACGGGUAGAAACAUGCCAAGUAUUACUUACACUGAACAUGCACCUGCCGAAGCCCCUCCCUGCAAGAAUGCCUGUCCACCAGGUGGGUCCAGCAGCUUCAGCCAUCAAGGACAGUGUGCUUGCCUCCCCCUUUUCCUUUCUCUCCACUUAUCACAUUCCAGAAAAAGAGCACUCCUGAUGUUACUGGCUUUGGUCACUUUAAAAUGUGUAGCUUUUGGCAUUGUGAAAUCACACCCUUUGCCAUCUUUCAUCUCUGUAAGACGUUUGUUUCCUCUUAAGUGUGGAUACAGCACGUACAUUAAAUUGAGUAGUGCUGCGUU